CUCUUAGACGUUCGAUCUCCCAGUCGCUCCCAACGGGAGAGCCAAACCUGACGGGAUCGAAAUCGUGCGCGGAAACGAACCUCACCAGAGGAUAUCGUCGAAAUUCGAGAUUCGCCAAUUUCUUCUCUCACGUCUCGCCAACGUCAGGAGAAUGGGUCCGUCGAACUUGGGAGUUCCACUUUUCUCGGCCGCGAGAUCGUGACCUGGCUACCGCUGGAGCCCGUGACAUAUCGCGCGAGUUAGUCGAUAAUAGGCAGCUCGUAUCUUAAAAAUAAUCGUCAUUUCGUUAAUACCUUUGAUGAGGUGACUUGCGAGGUAAUGGCAGGAAUCGCGAUGUCGAUCUCCGGGAGUCUCGUAGCCGGAUUCGUUCGGCUUGCGAUUCUUGCGCCAGUGAUCGUAGGACCCGCUGCCGGGGUCGAUGAAUCCUUGAAAAGGACUCUUCCUGCGUACGCUCUUGCCGUCGACUCCGGUUUCCUGAAUUCCUCCACUUGCGAGAAGCAGCUUGGAGUUUUCCGAGAAGCCGUCGACGACCGGAAACUAUGGGGACUGAAAAUGCUUGACUCGAGCGGUGAACCCAAACCAGGAUUCAUUUAUGGGAAUAACUACUGGUUGGGAAGUAGAAGCCAAUGUCAGGAUGCUUCAAACAGAGUUCCUCUGGUCCUGGUCGAGAGGGAGAAGAGGAACAACUCGAGAUUUCGGAACAUAGAGGAGGAAUUUCCACCGUUCGAGUUGAACUACUUUGUGGCACAUUUUCGGCAUAACAGCACUCUUCAGUACCAUGUCCGACUACCAAACGAGGCUAGUAACUAUUGUUUCAUAUUAACAUCAUCAAUAAACAAGUACUACACAUUAAUGCAUUACACAAGGGGAGUAAUUUCAAAAUAAUGUAAAUUUCGCAUC